AUGAGUAAAGCUGAUGAUAAACAGCCAGCUGAGUUACUGAAGUUAAUCAAGAAAAGGGAUCAAGUCAAGAAGUCCAUGCAUUCUAUCAAGAUGUUCAUCGAUAAAUAUGACCCUACUUCCAAAUCAAUGAAUCAAUUACAAACAAGGUUAGAUAGUUUAAUGCAAUACAUGGCCAGAUAUGAGGUGCUCCAGGACGAAAUCGAAGGUUUUGACUCCGUCACUGAUGAAAUGUUGGAUGAUCGUGUCAGUACGGAUGAUUUUUUCUGCUCACUUAAGGCUGAGGUAUUGGACCUAGUCGAACAUAAUAACAAGUCAACAUCUAAUGUAUCUACUGCACAUUCACAAUCCGUCAUUCGUGACUCUAUGAAGCUGCCAUCUAUCCCAGCUCCUGUAUUCAAUGGUGAAUUGCAAAACUGGGUAUCGUUCCUUGAUUCGUUUAACGCUAUGUUUCAUCAAAAUACUGGAUUGUCCGACGUGCAACGUUUGCAUUAUUUGAAGUCUUGCUUAGUUGGUCCUGCAGCAGAUGUAGUCCGCACUAUUCCAACUACCGAUAUAAAUUAUCAUACUGCAUAUAACGCCUUAGUCGAAAGAUAUGAAAAUAAAUCUCUUAUCAUUCAGUCGCACAUACGGUCAUUGUUUCAGACACCACAAGUCCAUAGACCUACUGCCAGCGCACUACGCCAGUUACACCACCAUGUGGUAUCCCAAGUUAAUGCCUUGCAGGCACUCGGUCAAAACAUACAAGAAUGGGAUGCAUGGUUGGUGACGUUGUUAUGUUGCCGAUUAGAUCCUACUACUGUGGGUGAAUGGCAGCUGCUGCAAACAUCAAAAGAGCUCCCGAAAUUCCGCGAUUUGGAAAAAUUCCUGGCAAAUCGAGUUUCUGCUUAUGAAGUCGGUGAGGUUGGCAACCAGUCCACCCAACUUAAGCCGCUUAGUGGGGAACGCUCAAUGCAAAAAAAGGUUUUAUUUGCACAUCAAAAUAGCAACAGUCCGUCGAAGGAAAGAAAAUGCAUAGUGUGUCCUGAACAUCAUCGAUUAGCAUUGUGCGAAAACUUCAAUAAAAUGUCCCAUACUGAACGCCAAGAUGUAGUCUUCAAAAAUAAGUUAUGUUAUAAUUGUUUAUAUCCUGGGCAUCAAGUUCGCCAAUGUCGUGGUGGCAACUGUAUUAAGUGUGGAAGGCGACACAAUACUAAAUUGCACAGCGAUGAACUGAACAACCAGCCUCCUUCAGCAAAUGAACAGCCAUCUUCGCCACAAGGCCAAUCUGUGGUAGCCUAUGUUGAGCAAGCUAACAACAAUCCUACUGCACCAAGACAAAUAAUGUUAGCUACUGCAGUGGUCAACUUAGCAAAUUCAUCUGGUCAACAGAUUUCAUGUCGUGCCAUAUUGGAUUCCGGGUCACAAGUAUGCCUUAUAACCAGUGAGUGUGCAUCAAGACUGAAUAUUAUUGGAAUUCAAGGCUCUGUAUCAUUGGCUGGUAUUGGAUCUGUAGCUGCUAAGACUGGCACAAUGAUAAACACAACCAUGCGUUCACGACUUAGUGACUAUGAAGCAUCUAUCAAUUUCCAUGUAAUCAACUCUAUAACAAACAAGUUACCAAGUCACAGUGUAAACAUCAAUCAAUUAAACAUUCCCGACACAAUAUUAAACCGUUUAGCUGAUCCUGGAUUCCAUGAACCAGGCAAUGUUGAUGUGCUAAUUGGUGCUGAAAUAUUUUAUGAACUGUUAAUCGGCGAAAGCAAGAAAACACCAGAGGGUACUGUUCUACAUAACACCUGUUUAGGAUGGGUGCUAACUGGUUCAAUGCCCAUAGCAAAUUAUCAUAUGUGCAUGUCAAGUCUAUUAAUACAGUGUCAAUCAAUGUCAUCUCUAGCUCUUACAGACCGCCCCACUUGUGGUGUCAAGGAAGACCAGUCAGUAGCUGAGGCACACUUUACCAGUACAGUAACCCAGGAUCGUUCUGGCCGAUUUGUGGUACGAUUGCCAUUUCUGCGUGAUCCUGAGGUGCUAGGUGAUUCAAGACUUAUGGCGCAGCAGCGUUUCUUCAACCUUGAGCGAAAGAUGAAUCGAGAUAGUAUGCUAGCUCAAGAAUAUAAAAAAUUCAUGUCUGAGUACAUUAAACUGGGUCAUAUGGAAGAGGCUAAGGACACGGACCUUCCUACUUACUACCUCCCUCACCAUACUGUGACCAAGGGCGACAGCCUAACCACAAAAACUCGUGUUGUGUUCGACGGCUCAGCAGUUACAAGAUCUGGCUUAAGUCUUAACGACAUAUUGGUAUGUGGACCGCCCGUUCAACCUGAAUUGUUAUCCAUAGUGCUGCGAUUCCGUCUUUAUAGGUAUGCUUUGGUUGCAGAUAUUGAAAAAAUGUAUCGCCAGGUCCGUGUUGCACCUGCAGACUGUGACUUACAGCGAAUAGUAUUUCGGUCAAAUUCUGAUGAAGUUUUAAAGGAUUACAGACUCCUCACUGUCACAUAUGGCACUAGAGCUGCGUCAUUUUUAGCCACACGGUGUUUACUUGAGGCAAGUUAUAUGGUUCAAGAUGCAACUGCUCAGCGUGCUAUACAACAAGAUUUUUACGUUGACGAUCUAUUGAGCGGCUGUCAGACCGAAGAAGAAUGUUACAACCUGUAUCAAGUGAUGUCAACUGAGCUCAAUAAGGUUGGAUUUUCACUUAGGAAGUGGUGUUCUAAUUCUGAAUUUGUAUUGUCCAAAAUGUCCAAUUCAGAGAGUCAAUCUAAUUAUAUGUUGUCAAUUAGUGACGAAGAAACCAUAAGUACACUAGGCCUUGUGUGGCAGCCGAGGUUAGAUUGUUUCAAGUUCAUUUUCAAACCAUGGUCUCAGCCACUUCAACUGACCAAAAGAUCACUACUGUCUGAUAUCAACCGGGUAUUUGACCCAGUAGGUUUUGUGUCACCUGUUCUCAUUCGAGGAAAAGUCUUUUUGCAGCAGUUGUGGGCCUUGAAAUUAAGUUGGGAUACGCCACUACCACCAGAAAUGCAACAAAAAUGGAUUCAAUUUUAUGCCAGUCUCAAAUCAUUGGAGCAGUUACUUAUACCACGUCAUGUCCCAUUCAGUAAUUAUGAAGCAGUCCAAUUGCAUGGGUUUUGCGAUGCUUCACAAAACGCUUACGGUGCAUGCAUUUAUAUUCUAUCAACCAUAACCGGGCAAAGUCAAUUGUAUUGUUCCAAAUCCAGAGUUGCUCCACUAAAGGCAAGCACUAUCCCUCGACUAGAACUUUGUGGUGCACUUCUCUUAGCCGAAUUAGUUAGCAUGGUUUCCAGAGAACUGGAGCGCAUCAGUAUCUCUUGUAGCGCUAGAAACGUCACAUUGUGGUCUGAUUCAUCCAUUGUCUUAGCAUGGAUCAAUAAUGACAAACCAUUAAAGGCUUAUGUAUCGAACAGAGUGGCGCAAAUCCUAGACUUAACUAAUGCUAAUCAGUGGCGACAUGUGCCAACUACCAGUAAUCCGGCAGACAUAAUUACCCGCGGCUGCCUAGCUGAAACUCUAUCCGAUAACAACUUAUGGUGGCAUGGACCAGAGUGGUUAUCUCAAGCUGAAAGUAAUUGGCCAUCUAGUAAAGUUGUUAUACCAUCAGAAAUACCUGAACUUCGAAUAAUACAUUCAAUCCUUGUUGUUAAUGAGCAAACAGAGUUCUUCAUUAAUGAUAGGUAUUCCUCAUGGACAAGGUUGAGUAGAAUCACCGCCUAUUUACUACGUUUUGGCUGCAAUGCUCGCAACAGUGAACCUUCUACACGACAGGGUGGCCCUCUAAGUAUUCUUGAGGUUAACAAAGCCAUUACGUUGCUGUUAAAAAAUGUUCAAGCACGUGCUUUUGAGCAAGAAGUAUCUGAUCUAAAAGCCGACAAAAUGGUAGGGCGUCGUAGCCCUCUGCGCACCCUCAAUCCUUUCAUGGAUACUGAUGGACUAGUACGGGUUGGUGGCAGACUAUCGAAUGCUGACAUCGCUUUUAAUAGUAAAUGUCCCAUAGUAUUACCGUUCAAGAGCAAUAUAACUCAACUCAUUUUUAAACAUGAACAUAAUAGGUUGCUCCAUAUAGGCCCUCAAGGCCUGCUGGCUAAUAUACAUCUGCGGUACUGGCCUCUGCGUGGGCGGUUAAUUGCGAAGAAAACAGUAAGGAAUUGUAUUACCUGUUUCCGUUCAAGUCCUAAAUUCAUCACUCCGUUAAUGGCACCCCUUCCACGGGAGCGAGUAAAUAUUGAGCGGCCAUUUGAUCGUACUGGCGUCGAUUUCUGUGGUCCGAUUCUCAUUCGCAGUGGCAUCAGAAGAGUUGUGAGCGUCAAGUGUUAUAUAGCUGUUUUUGUCUGCUUCGUCACACGUGCUGUGCAUUUAGAGUUGGUUAAUGGCCUCACAUCCGAUGCGUUCUUGGCUGCUCUGACCAGGUUCAUGGCAAGACGAGGACACUGCAGUCACAUUUACAGUGACAAUGGAACUAAUUUUGUAGGGGCCAAUAAGGUGUUAUAUUCAUACUUCAAAAAAACCAAAGGGCAACGUACAGUAGAGGAAGAGCUGUCACAUCACCAUGUUCAGUGGCAUUUUAUACCACCGUCGGCACCCCACUUUGGUGGGUUGUGGGAGGCUGCAGUCAAGUCGACCAAAAAACAUUUGUUAAAAAUGAAUACUAUGGGCCUUCUUACAUUUGAGGAAAUGAGCACCAUGUUAUGUAGAAUAGAAGCUGUGUUAAACUCGCGCCCUAUAUCACCUAUGUCUGAUGAUCCUUCAGAUUUUACUGCAUUGACCCCGGGUCACUUUCUGGUAGGUGGUGUUCUUACAUUGCCCGCUGAACCUGACAGUACUGGCUUACCCUUGAAUCGAAUAAAGCGAUUAGAACUUGCAAAGGUACAAGCUCAGACAUUUUGGAAACGUUGGAGUUCCGAGUACCUACCACAACUUCAUAAGAGAGGUUGCUGGCUGUCAAAAAAGGACAAUAUUGAAGUUGGAUCCCUUGCAAUUUUAAAAGAGGACAAUUUGCCACCAAUGAAGUGGAUUAUGGUCAGAGUCAUUCAAGUUCAUCCUGGUUCGGAUGGAAUGGUGCGUGUUGUCACUGUACGUAACUCAGCGGGAAGAGAAUUUCAGCGUCCAACUACUAAACUUGCUGUUCUACCCCACGUUAAGGAUGAAGAGGAGCCCGUCUAA